AUGGCUCCUGUCAGCGCUCAAGUUGACAUUCCCGACCUCAAAUUCUCCUCCCUCGAACUCGAUGCACGCUCAACCAACCCUGAUGAAAUGACGGCGGCAUCCUUUACCAGGCGAAGCAUCUUCCCCAAACAGAUAUACAAUCCUCUUCUCCCACGAAGCGAUGACUCCAUGAUCCUCUCUCCAAUGGACACCUAUAACGUCCUUACCGCAAGAGAUGCCCAAAACACCAAGGACCCGAACCCGGGUGCCGGGUCAAUUAACCCGAACGACAUCAACAUGAAAGGGAUACAGGCGCUCUUUGCCAUUAUCGGGGCUGCCUUUGUACUCGGUGCCAUUUGGUUUUUCUUUUGGGCGAAGAAUGGCGGCUUCAAAUGGCAGAAGGGUGACUGGGAUGAGUACAAAUCCACCGUUCUGAGACGCAAGGGUCCCAACGGAACGACUCUCAGUAAUGCAACCAAGAGCACGAAGCUGGGUGGUGGUAGCGUCGUGGGAGACGGCUAUUCAGACAAAGACACAGCGACGAUACCUGACACCAUGACCGAAGCUAUGACCGAGACCAUGACAGAGCUGUCUUCCGAAGCACCCAUCAUAAAAGAGAAACAGUCCAAGAAGAGGGAAACCCCCAAAGAGAGGAGGAUUCGAGAAGCCAGGGAAGCCCGCUGGGAAGGAGGCCAUGACUACGACGUCCGCGCGUACCGACAUGAAAAGCCUGCGCGCGUGGGAGGUCUCAACAGAGAUUCGGACGCCCAAUUUUACGGCACUGAUUACACUGCGACCGAACGUUCUGGCAGUGAUAUCGCCAGCAACAGCCACCGACAAGCACCGUCUUCUCGCCAACAUAGCCCUGAGAAACGUCAGACACGCCGCGACUUUUCGUACGGCCACGAGAGUAGCUUCAGCGUCUCGACUCCACCACCAGCUGCUGCACCAUCGCCUGGUCCUCGUCCACCAAGAUACCACUCACCAAACAAGAAUUCCAGCCCACAACGUCCAAUCCGCACGGUGCCUGGUUCCUUCCAUGCCAAUCAGGAUUUUGAGACUCAGAGUGUUCAAAGUCAGCAUACAAAGACCUACCACCAUCCCCUUCCCAGCUUGAGCGGCCAAGGACCCGCAAGGGCUGGUGGCUACAGACGGGACAGGCGAGAUAGCCUUGAUGACUGA